CGUCGAAAUUCUACUUCUCAGGGAAGCAAUGGCUUGCCCUAAAUUUUUUAUUGAAUAUUUGGAAAUGUUUGAAGCUUUGUCAGUUUAAAUAAUUGUGGCCGGACCGGCUUAUGUGAUUGGUCAUUAUAAGAUCAAUUGCACAGGUGCAUGUAGUACCUAUAUUGAAAAUUCUAAUUGUGAGAUGAUUGAGAUAUUUUGUAAUUGUCUUUAUGUUAAUCAUUGGACAUUAGAUAUAGACUCAUAUACCAUACCUCCUAAAUAUGAGUCCGGUGCUUAAAAGAGAAAAGGAAAACGAAAUAAAAUUGCAUUAAUUGUGAGAUGAUUGAGAUAUUUGUUUGUUGUUUUAAUGAUAAGUUUUAAGUUAGCAAUAGAUUAUAUAGUACAUUGUUGAAUUUUGCAUUUAUGUUGAUUUUUGGGGGGCUUAAUUUUUGGACUUCGCCUCGGGCCUCGACAAUCGUAGGAUCGGCCCGGCCCUGAUUUUUUGGACAAUCUUUCUCUUGAAUUUUUGAUGCUUUUGUUUUUGGUUUUCUCUUUGCCUAAAAAAUUGGCCGUCCCUCAAGUGUAAUAGGUGAUAUACCCAGGACCAAUAUCCAGUGGGGCAGUUGCCCUCACUAGACACAGGUAGCUCCGCCCCUGAUUUGUCCGUUGUUGCAGUUUGUGUGUUAUUGUUGUUUAUUGAUGAAUUGUAUAAUUCUGUUUAUAUUAGCUUUUGAAUUGCAUUGAAUAGGUUUUGGUAAUAUGAACCAAAAAUCAAUUGCAUGUUGAAUUUAAGUUGAACUGUGGAUUUUUGUAAUGAAAGUUGGGAGUGUUGGCUUAUUUCUCUUUUAUCAGGUUUGUUAUGAGUAGUUGGAGAGUAGGUGGCUCCCAAUUUAUUUCAUACUCUCCAUUGGGAAUAUUAUGUUGCUUUUUAAGGUUGGUUAAGUCCUUAUUAUGAGGGAUAAUGCUGAAAUAUUUUUUCAACACUAGGCUUGUUUUAGAUUUUAAAUGAUUAAAUUUUCCCACUGUUGAAUUUAGCUUAAAAAAAUAUUUAUGGCUCCCAUGUUGUAAAUUUUUGGCUAUGCCCUUGGACCUACAUUGUGAUAGCAAAAAAUUAGCAAAGAUAAUGUAUUGAAUUAAUAUUUCAACAACAUCAAAAAGUACUCACAUCAAUGAAACAUUUAAAAUAUCAAUAUGAUUGAUCUUACAAAGUCCAUGCUACACUAUUUUUACGUAGCUAUCUUUUUGUUUACAAUGGAGGUGUUGGAUGGCUUUGGGGUUGGGGUUGGAGCCAACUUUGGUGGUGUAGAGAGGGUUGUUGUCGGCGAGAUGGGUGAGGGUGGUGAUUUAGGGAAGAAAUAAGUUUUAUAUUCACUUCUAUUCUUUUCUCGUUUAUUUGAAUCUAAUGAUAAAAAUUGUCUUCUUUAAAAAAACAAUCAUCAUUUUCAAUGUAAAUCAAUAGAAAUGGCUAUUUUUACCUAUAGAGGAAAUCUUGAGCAGCUUAAUAUCAACAGAAAACAUAAAACUGCACGUGAAUGUAUAUAUUGGGACAAUUCUAUCAAUUCAUCUAAUACUUUCGUUAAUUAGGAAAUAAGAUGUAAUUUAAAUGCUUAACGUAAAAUCCUGGCCAUGGCCAGCCCUGUGUUCACUUGUAUGCUUUAAGCUGCUAUCAUUGUCUUAUGUCAUUUAAAUUAAACUCUAUAUCUUAUACCAGGGAAUUAGCAAAAUCUCUCUGAAAUUAGGUCCUCACAAUUAUUGUUAGCUGAGGAAUGAAACAAAACACUAUGAAUAAUGUAAAGAGCAAACCAGACGGCAAAAAGAAUUCCGAAGUUUUCGCGUCAUGUUCUUUCUCUAGCCUUGGCCUUCAUCCCACCUUAUGCGAUCAGCUCAAAGAGAGGUUGAGUUUCGAGGGUCCAACACAGGUUCAGGCUGAGGCAAUUCCUGUUGUGCUAUCCGGCCGGCACUUGCUUGUUAAUGCUGCGACUGGAACUGGGAAAACGGUGGCGUAUUUAGCUCCAGUUAUUCAUCAAUUGCAGAAUAUUAAUCCACGAAUUCAGCGGUCUGAUGGUACUUUUGGUGUAUGAAAUUUUGGUGAAGUUGUUACAUCGUUUUCAUUGGAUUGUUCCUGGCUACAUCAUGGGUGGGGAAAACAGGUCAAAGGAGAAGGCCAGGUUAAGGAAAGGUGUAUCAAUCCUCGUUGCAACUCCUGGACGUCUUUUGGAUCACUUGAAAAAUACUUCAUCAUUUCUGCACACAAAUCUCCGCUGGAUUAUAUUUGAUGAAGCAGAUAGGAUUCUAGAACUAGGGUUUGGUAAAGACAUAGAACAGAUACUUAAUAUUUUGGGCACAAAACAAGACAAAUCUGUUAGCAAGGAGAAUGCAACAUCAAAAAUUCCAGAAGUUCUGAAACAGAAUUUGCUGUUGUCAGCUACUUUAAAUGAAAAAGUAAAUCAUCUUGCUAAAAUAAGUUUAGAAAACCCAGUAAUGAUUGGUCUAGAUGAGAAGAAGAUGCAACAUAAUGUAAAUCACGAUCAUGCGGUGUCUGUCGGAUCUGAUGUGUUUGAUAGAUUAGGGGAAUCUGCAAAAGGAAUGACUGCUUCAACUGAGGAAUAUAAUCUUCCAUCUCAGUUAGUUCAGAGAUACAUUAAAGUUCCAUGUGGAUCUCGGCUUGUUGUGCUCCUUUCCAUAUUAAAGCAUCUAUUUGAGAGAGAAACUUCCCAGAAGAUUGUUGUAUUCUUUUCAACGUGUGAUGCAGUUGAUUUCCAUUAUUCAUUGAUAAGUAAAUUUCAUUGGCCACCUAGAUUGCAAUCAGAAGCAGAAGUCCAAAAAAUGUUUUUGGGAUGCAAAACUUUGCGAUUGCACGGGAAUAUGAAUCACGAGGAUCGUAAAACUACAUUCCAGACAUUCAAAACUGAAAAAUCAGCGCUUCUGUUAUCCACAGAUGUUUCUGCUAGAGGAUUAGACUUUCCCAAAGUCCGAUGCAUUAUACAAUAUGAUUCUCCAGGAGAGGCAACUGAGUUUGUACACAGGGUUGGAAGAACUGCCCGGUUGGGUGAAAAGGGAGAGUCUCUCAUAUUCCUACAACCAGUUGAAAUUGAUUACUUGAAGGACCUGGAAAAGCAUGGGGUAAUGCUGACAGAGUAUCCUCUUCUAAAACUGCUGGAUAGUUUUCCGUUGCACGGUCUCAAGCUCCCAAUCAAAAAGUUAUUGUCAGUAGAGAUGCAUCCAUGGGUGCUUUCUUUGCAGAAAGCAUUAGAAUCCCUUAUUUCAACAGAGUCAACGUUGAAAAAUUUGGCCAAGGAUGCAUUUCGCUCUUGGGUGCGUGCAUACACUGCUCAUCGUGGUGAGCUGAAGCAAAUUUUCAUGGUGAAGAAACUUCACCUGGGGCAUGUUGCAAAGAGUUUUGCAUUGAAAGAGCAACCUUCAGUAGUUAACAAGUCAUUCCAGAAGCAAAUAAAAAAGAGGAGGAGAGAUGAGAAGCACAGAGUACAUUUCAAGAAGAGAAGGGUUGCUAAAUCUUGAAUGUAGCAGAAGCCUGUAGUUGUGAGAUUUGAUCGACUGAACAUGGAAGAGUUCGUCCCUGAUAUAUACUGAUCAAAAUUUUCAGAUUUUCUUAAGGGCAUGAUGAGAAUUGUCUACCUUUUUGUUACUAGGAUUGAAAGCAAGGUAGCAAAUAUGGAUCCACGUUCGAAAAUUUUACAAAUGACAUAUAAGUUGCUCUGAUACCGCUCUUAGCUAUAAAUUACUUCUGUUAUGCUUUAGCUCGAAUAAGCAGGAUGGUAGGGGCUGCUCUUGCCUGUGAGCUCAAUAACUAUAACUGAUUGGUAGGGGUUGAUUCUGUUAAUAAUUAUAGCUUUAGCUUAUUA